AAAUGCGAAACAAUAUCUCGUGUAUUAGAGGAUAUUAAUGAAGCGAUGUAACAAAAGUUUUUAAUUGUAAAACCUAUUAAACUCGUCCUACAUCAACAAAGUUAGCACCCUGUGGAAUAUAUUCAAAUUAUGAUGAUAUAAUGUCUUGCGUUUUCCAUAUUUUAAAGACGACCAUCUGACGUGUCAGGAUCAAAACAAUACCCUUGCCGCUCCAAAGAGUUUUGGUCUACAAGUACAAAUUUAUGCUGAUAUCAGUUCACGGAAUGAAGAAAGACGAAGAACAUGGAGGGUCAAACCCUUACCAGUGCAGCGACAAGACAUCUGUGCUGCAGGAGGCCCGGGUCUUCAAUGAGACACCAGUGAAUGUGAAGCGCAGUACUCAUGUCCUGACCAAGAUCUUGUACUUGCUGAACCAGGGUGAAACUCUUGGCACCAAGGAAGCCACAGAUGUCUUCUUUGCCAUGACUAAACUAUUCCAGAGCAAUGACAUCAUCCUCAGGCGACUUGUCUACUUGGGUAUCAAGGAGCUGUGCAGUGUUGCGGAGGACACCAUCAUUGUGACGUCGUCUCUGACAAAGGACAUGACAGGCAGGGAGGACCAGUACCGAGCCUCAGCUAUCCGAGCCCUGUGCCGCAUCACUGAUGCAUCAAUGCUGCAGGCGGUCGAGCGCUACAUGAAGCAGGCAAUGGUGGACCGCACGUCGGGCGUGAGUAGCGCAGCGCUGGUCAGCUGCCGCCACAUCGCCCAGCACUCGCCUGAUGUGGUCAAGAGAUGGGUGGCCGAGGUGCAGGAGGCCGUCCACAGCGACAAUGUGAUGGUGCAGUACCACGGGCUUGGUAUGCUGUACCAGAUUCGCAAGAGCGACAAACUUGCGGUCACCAAGAUGGUCUCCAAGCUCAUCAGCUCAGGCAUGCGUUCCCCGUAUGCCAUUUGUUUGCUGAUCCGCAUUGUGGCGAAGUUGAUUGCAGAAGAAGAGAGCAGCGCUGGAGAGCGCAGCCACCUCAUGGAGUUCCUGGAGUCAAUGCUGCGCCACAAGUCCGAGAUGGUCGUGUAUGAAGCAGCCAAUGCCGUGGUAGCUCUUAGCGCUGCUACCACCACUACAACCACCACCACCACCUCCAGGGACCUGGUCACUGCUAUCUCCGUGCUCCAGCUCUUCCUGUCCAGCCCCAAACCUACUCUCAGGUUUGCAGCGGUGCGAACUCUCGGCAAGGUAGCGAUGACGCAACCUGCUGCUGUGACAGCCUGCAACCUCGACCUGGAGAACCUGCUUCAGGACGUCAACAGGUCCAUUGCCACCCUGGCCAUCACGACGCUCCUAAAAACUGGUAGUGAGGGCUCCAUCGACCGCCUCAUGCGCUCCAUUGCUGCCUUCCUCAACGAUAUCUCUGACGAGUUUAAGAUCGUGGUGGUGGAGGCGCUGCGGUCUCUGGCCCUGCAAUACCCACGCAAGCAGGCGCUUCUCAUGGGGCAGCUCGCUGACAUGCUCAGGAAUGAGGGGGGACUGGCUUAUAAAGAGGCCAUUGCGUCCACUAUCAUCACCAUCAUUGAAGAUAAUCCUGAUGCUAAAGAGAAAGGGCUGGAUCAUCUGUGCGAGUUCAUUGAAGACUGCGAGCACACGACGCUGGCCGUGCGCAUCUUGCAUCUGCUAGGCAAGGAGGGGCCACGAACUUCUCGUCCCGCCCGCUACAUCCGCUUCAUCUACAACCGCGUCAUCCUCGAGAACGCGGCAGUUCGGGCGGCUGCGGUGUCGGUGCUGGCGCGGUUCGGGGCGCAGUGCCCAGACCUGCUGCCCAACAUCCUGGUGCUGUUGCAGCGCUGCAUGCUCGACACCGAAGACGAAGUGCGCGACCGCAGCACCUACUACCACGCCGUGCUCUCCACCAGGGACCCUGCCAUCAUCGCCCGCUGCAUCCUCAACCCGCCCAUGUACUCAUUGUCGAGCCUGGAGCGGGCGCUGCUGUCGUACCUGUCGAGCGAUACGACCAAAGCGUUCGACGCGUCGUGUGUUCCCGCCGCCCCGCCACCCGCCGCCUCCGCCUCUCUCUCCUCCGCCGCCUCCUCCAUCACCGCCGCCAUCUCAGGCCCCGAGGACGUCACGAGCGCCGUGCCCGCCCUCCAGCAGGAGAAGAGGAGCGUCUCCAUGCAUGACAAGUACGCUGAGCGGCUGGCGGCCAUCCCUGCGUUCGCGGGUCUGGGGCCGCUGUUCAAGAGCUCGGCGCCUGUUGAGCUCACGGAGAGCGAAACGGAGUAUGUGGUGCGCUGUGUCAAGCAUACCUUCCUGGGACACAUCAUACUGCAGUUCGACUGCACCAACACACUGAACGACCAACUGCUGGAGGACGUGAGCGUCGUGGUGGAGGAGGACGGCUCCAACUGGCAGAUCCUGCAAACCCUUCCAUGCGCCUCUCUGCCCUACUCCUGCCCCGGCACCUGCUACGUGCUCCUCGCCAUCCCUGAGGACAUUAUGAGCACCACAGGCACCUUCACCGCGUGCCUGAAGUUCCAAGUGCGCGACUGCGACCCCAUCACCGGCGAGCCCGAGACCGAGGAUGGCUAUGGCGACGACUACACGCUGGAAGACAUCGAGAUUAGCGUGAGCGACCAUGUGAGUGCGGCCCAGCGGAGCAAUUUUGCGGCGGCGUGGGAGGAGCUCGGCCCAGGCUCGGAGCUGGAGGACACCUUCGCCCUCACCAGCCUCAGCUCCCUUGCUGAGGCCGUCACUCAGGUUACCAACUUCCUGGGCAUGCAACCCUGCGACAGGUCCGAGAAAGUACCAGACGGCAAGAACUCCCACACUUUAUACCUCGCAGGAACAUAUCGCGGCGGACAGUCUGUGCUGGUGCGUGCCAAGCUUGCGCUGUCAGACGGCGUGGCGAUGCAGCUGACAGUUCGCUCCACAGACCCCGCCGUCUCAGAGGUCAUCGCCUCCGCCGUGGGAUAGACGGAAACGUUCGCUCUUGUUAUCAUUUACUUUAUAAACUCUUUUUUAUUGGAUUCUAUUUGCUUCUUAAAUACAAUAUUUUUUGGCCUGAGGCGUUCAUCGCCUGGUUGCAUGCUGUUCCCACGGAUCUUUGUGUAUCGAAAUAUAUAGUAUCAACUUCU